UUCAAUACACAACACGUUUUAUUUUGAAGGAAAUAACUUCCUCGCUAGAUAACAUAUUUUUUCUUUGUUUUCUCUUUUAAGUGUUUUUCAUUGAAGAAUCUAUAAUGGCUGUUUGAAUUUCGUGAAAAUUUUUCGUUCAAAAGAAAAAGUUGUGUUAAGAUAUGGAGGGCGACCAUGAAGACGCAACACGACUCUUCGAAGGAAUUCCGGAAGAUAAAAGGAUUGGAAUUUUGCGAACUUAUCAUCAUCGAAUGUAUAAAAACGACGAAAAUGAUCUGAAGGAGAAAAAAUCCCAGUUUUCAAGAUGCUUAUCAUAUUAUUGUGUUAAAAAUAAAGGCUCCUGUUUAGUGAUAUCUAUCUCCUUUGCUCUUAUUAUUGUCGGCGUUUUAUCUAUCACAUAUGGCUUCAUGACACCUGGCCUGUAUAAAUCUAUCGGUAAAAAUGGUACCUAUACUGAAAAGUUAAAAGAUGUUGAAAAUUACGCAUACUAUAAGGACUUAUUCAUUAUCUUUGGCAUCGUGAUGGUGAGUUUCGGUGUAUUGGCUGCUUCGUUUGGCUUCUUUGUGCCAUUGUAUAAAGACAGUGCGAAGAAGAUGAGCGCUACGGAGGAGUGUCAAAGAACACCAAUAAUAGUGGAUUACGAGCUCCCACCUUAUAAUACGUCACUACAAACGGGAAAUUAUUUGGAAAGUGAUUCUAGUUGGCUAAGUUCUUGUGGCUCACCAAUAGAACAGGAAGGCUUUAAAACGUUCUUUAUACAAGAGGAAAAAUAGUUUCAUGACGUCAUAAUAUCAAAAGAUCUAAAAACUUAAAAACUUUAAAUUCUUGAAUGCUGCAUUUCCUGAAUACCAAUUUCUAAAUUCCUUCAACCUUGUGCCAAGGCCCAGUUGAGGCUUAUCCUAACGAGAAUCUGAGUACCAGUUGUGAAUUUCUUUUUGUUCAAAGUAAAAAUAUUUCUUUUGAUAGUACAACUACAAUAUGCGCAUUACUUCUUAUUGUUUUAUACAAUUAUUAGGAAUAGGGUAAAUAUAUUGAAAGUUAGUUAUA